GUCUUCUCCCCAUUUCCAAACGACACUUUACCAGUUUCGUGUCAAGACCUGCUCCAACGCUCCUCUCCUCCUCUUGUCUGAUUUCGACGCCGUCGCCGACGCCCCGACACACAUUUUUUAUCCUUCAAUCAUUUGGGUGGACUUGUCCGUCUUUUAAGUUUCAAAAAUUCGUCUCGAUCCGACUCAAAAGUUGUCCACGAUGGCUCGCGCCCUCAUCGUCGUAGCCAUCAUCAUCGCAGCCGCUUCGGCUCAAAACAUUCGGAGCGACACGUUCGUUUGCCCCAAGGAAAACGGAUUCUUCGCUCACGACAUUUCGUGCGACAAGUACUGGAAGUGCGUGGAGGGCGUGGCGACGCUCGAACUCUGCGGCAACGGAUUGGCUUUCGACGACACCGACCUCAAGAACCAGCGUGAAAACUGCGACUACAUCUACAACGUCGAGUGUGGAGAUCGUCUAGAAGUUGAGGCCCCAAUCAGCACCAGGAAUUGCCCGAGCUUGCACGGAGUCUUCCCCGAUGAGACCAAGUGCGACGUCUUCUGGAGCUGCUGGAACGGCGAGGCCAGCCGCUACCAGUGCGCCCCUGGCUUGGCUUACAGCCGGGAAAGCCGCGUGUGCACCUGGGCCGAUCAGGUCCCCACCUGCAGACAAGAGGAAGUUGGAAGUGGAUUCGUUUGCCCGGCCACUGGUGACGUCGCCACCGGAGCCUUCAGCCGUCACGCCCAUCCCGACGACUGCCGCCAGUAUUACGUUUGCAUGAACGGUAAUGCCCGCGAGUACGGAUGCCCGCUCGGCACCGUCUUCAAGAUCGGACUCGACGACCAGUCCGGUUUCUGCGCUGAUCCCGAAGAAGUCGAUGGAUGUGCCGACUACUACGGAACUCUCGACCUGGACGGUCUGCGCAACACGGAAGUCCAGGCCGGUUUGGCACCUGAGGCCGCACCUGUCAAAGUGGCCCCCAAGAAGCCCGUCACCAGUCGCCCAGCUUUCCGCCCUCGCCCCGUCACCGAAGUUCUCGUGGUUGAGGAAGAGUCCCUCACUGCUGUUUAAACAAAACAAGCAGAACCCAAAAAUCCCAGAACUUUUAUUUUCCUUUCUACUUUUUUUUUCGAUGCACUUCUAUAAUCUCGUGCCAAUCUUCUUUCUCUCUCUCUCACUCCCGACAACUGCAACCAAAUCAACACUAAUGACGCAUGCGUCAAUCCAAAAAAAAAGAAAAAGAGAAAACGAGACGAAAAGCCAAAAUAUUAUUUCGCACUUUUGCACCCCAUAUAUGCAAAUGAUUAUUUUUUUAUUGGGGUGGGGAAAAGAAGGAAAAGUAACAAAACGUGUUGAUUGAUUUUCUCUUUUUUAUUUUUUUUUUCUCUCUCCAUCUUUUUUACGUUUUCCUCUUUUAUAGCCAAGACUACUAUGCGGAUAGCGGCUUAGACAUCAAGCAGCUCAGCAAAUUGGGUUUUUAAAAAGAGAAAUCACGUUUAUAAACACAUCGAGCAGCAGUUUCUCCAAUCAUGUUUUGUGUGUCUCCUCCGCUCAAAAAAAAAAAAAGAAAAAUCCCUUUUCCAACAUUUCCCUUCCAAAAA